AUGGGUGCCCUGAAAACUGUCAGUUUGGUGAUACUGGCGAUCUCAGUAUUCACCUUUAUCGCGCUAUUUGGCAGGCUGCCGGCUUUCCGGAAAACUCCGGUUGCGCUGCUUCAUCGGGCUCUGUGGGUGCAUCUUCCUAAUGGGAUUGCCGCUGUCGACAAUCGCCUAUUCGGCGGGAGGGUAGUGCUAUGCUGGAAUCGAUCUGGCAGUUAUAUAUUGAAGGAAAAUCAUCCGCUAGUUUUGAUCUUCUUUGUUUCAUUACUGGUCAUUGGCGAAGGUCUUUUUGUUCCAGCAGCAUGGCCUCGACUGUCGAGCUUUCAUCAAUUCGCAGUACCAGUGGCUGUCAUCCUGCCAUAUCUUCUGCUCUACAAAUGUGUUGUGACCAAAUCAUUCAUCACAGCAGAGAACCACGAGGAAGAGAUGAAACGUUACCCGUACGACCGAGUUCUCUUCCACCCGGGUCAUCGUUGUAGCACGUGUGACUUCCUGAAGCCAGCUCGUAGCAAGCAUUGCAGCUUCUGCCAGGCCUGUGUCUCACGGCACGAUCAUCACUGUGUCUGGCUGAUGAAUUGCGUCGGGGCCAACAACUGCGUGUACUUCGUCUCGCUCUUGGUCUCGCUUUCUGUCAUGUUGGUCUACGGCAUUUAUCUUGGCUACUCCCUACUCUCCGAGAUACUGAAUGAAUCGGUACCACCCCAAGUAAGAGAAUCCAUGCAAGGCUGGACAGGCUGGAUCAACGCGUGGAGUGUUGUGGUUGCGGCUCAUCCUAGGAUUGGCGGAGUCUUUCUGUUGAUGCUUAUGACUGCCCCGCUGGCAAUCUCCUUUCUGGCAUAUCAUGUUUACCUCAUCUGGGCUGGGGUAACAACCAACGAGAGUGCUAAGUGGUCCGACUUGAAAGAGGACGUGGAAGACGGUUUUGUUUACAAGACAAGACGAAGCCUCAUCUUCGACAGCCGCCAUUCUACAGACUUUUACGAUCAGUCGUGGCCUGUGCAUACUGACCAGAUACUCGUCAUUGAUGAGGAACCCCCGACUGAAGGAUGUUUGUUGGCAUCUGACUCCAAUUGCAUUGCUCGGCGCCCAGCCUCAGACUUACCGCCUGACCCUCGGUGGAAGCGACUCCACAGUAUGAGGGACGUUGACAAUAUCUACGACAUGGGAUUCUGGUUAAAUCUUAGGGAUGUUAUAGGACUCUCUGUUCGUCGACCUAAGGACAUAUUGAGUACUUAG